AUGGAGGUGGGGAUGGUUCCGCCCAUCUCUGCCUGCAUCACUGCAAACAGCCGCCUCCAGAAUGCUGUAUUGUACGACGCCACCUAUUGCAGCGCUCCACCCCUUGCGCCGCCUCCGCCUUGCGAUUCGUCGAAAAUCAAUUCGGACUGCCCGAUAGGCAGUAAGGGACGCUACGCGUGCACCCGUAUACGGAUACUCCACUUGAAAUCCGUACCACUCCAGAUUCGUGAUAAACAAGAAGAGGAGGCCUAA